CCCCGAAGGGGAGCCACAGGUGACCCUGCCCGGGCCUGGAUCUUUCGCGCUGCGUUCGCCAGCAAGCUUUUUUUUUUUUUUGCAAACGGUUGCACCCGGCUUCAUUCAAGGGGAUGCAAAGGCAGAGACUCAGAGAAGUAGCGCUCCCUUGGACUUGCACGCCAUGCUGAGCCCGAGGACGGGGCUGCGGGGAGCGGCGGGCCCGUGACCUUGACCGUGACCAGCCGCUGCUCCUUACCUGGGUCCUCCCAGUCCAGCCGGGCGGCCGCCAGACACGCAGAGCCUGGGCGAGCCUCCAGCCGGUGCCGUGACGCGGUCCGUGUCAUUUGGAGACAAGGAAGAUCCUAUGGCUGUAGCUGGCUGUCCAGACUCCUUCUUGCACCAUCCUUACUACCAGGACCAGGCGGAGCAGACAUCCCCUCACCGGCCACAGGGUCUGGCAGGACCGGCCUUCCCGGCGCAGUCCGAGCGGCUCGCCAACCACCAAGAGGAUGACGUGGACCUGGAGGCCCUCGUGAAUGACAUGAGCCUGUCCCUGGAGAGUCUGUGCUCGGCGUGUGGCAUGCAGUCGGAGACGACGCCUCUUCUGCAGAACGGCCAGCACGCCCGUGGGCCGCCGCCGCCCUCCGCAGCCAGGUCCAACCAGCCGCAGCUGUCCCCGCGGCAGAAGGUGCAGCGUUCCCAGCCCGUGCACAUCCUCGCCGCCAGGCGCCUGCAGGAGGAGGACCAGCAGUUCAGGACCUCGUCCCUGCCCGCCAUCCCCAACCCCUUCCCCGAGCUCUGCGGCCCGGAGAGCCCCCCUGUGCUCGCGCCCGGCUCCUUACCUCCCCGCCAGGACGUCGCCAAGCAGGAUGUCAGAGUCUUCAGCGAGGACGGCACGAGCAGGGUGGUGGAGAUUCUCGCGGACACGACGGCCCGGGACCUGUGCCAGUGGCUGGUGUACCGAAGCCACUGCGUGGACGACAACAGCUGGGCUCUGGUGGAGUGCCACCCGCACCUGGGGUUAGAGCGGUGCUUGGAAGACCAUGAGCUGGUGGCGCAGGUGGAGGGCACCAUGGCAAGCGAAAGCAAAUUUUUAUUCCGGAAGAAUUACGCAAAAUACGAGUUCUUCAAGAACCCCACGAAUUUCUUCCCAGAGCAGAUGGUGACCUGGUGCCAGCAGUCAAACGGCAGUCAGAGCCAGCUCCUGCAGACUUUUCUGAACGCCAGCAGCUGCCCUGAAAUCCAGGGGUUUUUGCACGUGAGGGAGCUGGGGCGCAGGUCCUGGAAGAAGCUGUACGUUUGUUUGCGGAGGUCCGGCCUCUACCAUUCCACGAAGGGAGCGUCGAAGGAGCCCCGGCACCUGCAGCUGCUGGCCGACCUGGAGGACAGUGGCAUGUUCUCCCUGACUGCCGGCCGGAAGCAGUACGGUGCCCCGACGGACUUCGGCUUCUGCAUAAAGCCGAACAAAGUCAGGAGCGAGGCCAAGGAGCUGCGGUUGCUCUGCGCCGAGGACGAGCAGGGCAGGACGUGCUGGAUGACGGCGUUCAGGCUCCUCAAGUACGGGGUGCUCCUGUACGAGAACUACCGCGUCCCGCAGCAGAGGAAGCCCACGCUGUCCCCGUUCUCCACGCCGGUGCGCAGCGUCUCGGAGAACUCCCUCGUGGCCAUGGAUUUUUCUGGGCAGACGGGGAGAGUGAUCGAGAACCCGGCCGAGGCCCAGAGCGCAGCCCUGGAGGAAGGCCACGCCUGGAGGAAGCGAAGCACACGGCUGGGUGCCCUCGGUAGCCAGAGCCCCCUCCUCCCCUCCACCCUCAGCACAGUGAUCCACAGGACGCAGCACUGGUUCCACGGCAGGAUCUCCAGGGAGGAGUCACACAGGCUCAUUAAACAGCAGGGACUCGUGGACGGGCUUUUCCUCCUCCGUGACAGCCAGAGCAAUCCAAAGGCAUUUGUUCUCACACUGUGUCAUCAUCAGAAAAUCAAAAAUUUCCAGAUCUUGCCUUGUGAGGAGGACGGGAAGCUGUUCUUCAGCCUGGACGAGGGGAAGACCAGGUUCUCCGACCUGAUCCAGCUCGUGGACUUUUACCAGCUGAACAGAGGAGUCCUGCCUUGCAAGCUGAAACACCACUGCAUCCGAGUGGCCUUAUGACCUCAGAUUUCCUCUUGGCCGAAGGCGGGAGGAAGCUGACACUGGACCGGAGAGGUCUGCGCGUUGUUCCGGACACACGCCUGUCUGCGCUCCGGGGACUCGGAGCCAGAUCUGUUCGUUCGGUGCCGGCCGACCACGGCGGACGAGCUGGUUGGACUUGGCAAUGAGUUGCUGCUGCAGACCCGGCCGGGUCGCCUCCCUCCGCGCCAGCCUCCCCGGGGAGGGCGUGAGAGCGAGCGCAGAUUCGAGAAGCUGGAUCGACCGUCGUGGCCGGGCCUCGGAGGCGCGCGACACGGAGACAAGUGAUUGGACCUGAACUCUUGCCCUGGAAUAAUCUUGACGAUUAAAACUGAUAUGUUUACUUUUUUUGUAUUGAUCCCUUUUUUGCACUCCUUUGUUCUCAGUAUUGUAUUCGGCUCCCGGCAGGAGGGAGGCAGCGUGUCAGUGCGCGCAAGGUGCAAAGCCUGGCUGUUCCAGACGGGCAGACGCGGGAGGCCGACUGUGUUUGCAGGGGGUGGUGCCCGCUGUCUGCAGGCGACCGUAGGGGAUUCAGCUCCCAGAUAACAGAGCACCCCGGCCCUUCCCCGGAUACUUGAAAGCUUUUUUGAGAUAAAAGGUGUCCCCUGUGGUAGGCAUUUGGCAAGCUCUGUGUGCCUGGCCAGGCGGCACGCUCUGUCGACCCCUGUUCUGUGUGGCUGCCCCCCAACUCAUGCUGUCCACGUGGCAUGUCCUAUGCGGUGCAGGACACUGGUUUUCUUUGGAAAACUCGCUGUCCCACGACACGGCAGGGCCACACCUAUAGCCACAGCCUCCUUGAGACACAGCUGGUGCCCACCCACAGUGGAUGCUGGCCGUCUGGCCCACCUGCAGGCUUUCCAGGCUGCUCUUUGGUGGUGCCGGCCUUUCACGGCAGUCCUCCCUCCCUCGGGGGAUUAAAGGAUCUAAAAGGAAGUGGUACCCGCUCUGGUCUCCAGGGGGUUUCCAUGGUGACAGAGAUGGAAACACUGGAAAGGGCAGAUCGAUGCAGCCCUGUAUUGAAAAGGUCUUUGCUUGGCAGCCUCUGUCUUACUGAGACCUCCACGCGUCAGUGACUGGAGGAGGCGGGCGGCCCCUCCACUGGCCUGUGGUCAGAAGUCCCUCACGGCGGUGGUGGCCAUUGACAGGUUUUAUCAACAUGACACCAUCUCCUGCUCCAGGAGCUGGGUCAGAUGGCGGCUUGGCUUGUCCCCGUCCCCCCGCCCUGUCCCCUUAGCCGAGUUUUCCCAUGCGAGGGCACACAGACUACUUGGGGAAAGAGUCUCUCCUGGCCCCAGAUCACAGUCACCACACGAGACUGGCCGCUCCGGAUUGCGCCAGCCCGUGGACCGCCUGGACCCCACCCGCCAGCGCGCUGCCCGAGGGGCACAGGUGGUCCGGGACACAGUGGUGCAUCCCAGCUGUACGUGGUCCGGGAUACAGGGACGCUGCAUUUCAGUUGACAGGACACACUCCAGUUGUCUUCCAUGCAAUGUCUGCUUAUAGAAAUGAAGACUUUUUUUUUUUAGUAGGACAUGUUUUUUUUGUUUUUGAAGCCUGUCCAUCCUUCCCGCCGUUGACCGUUGGGUGAUUCUCAAGGCAGACCCGGCAGUCUGCUUCCCGCAAACGUCACUCCAGGGACUGACGCGCUCAUUCCUCUGUUAGGCAUUUUUCUCUUUACCGGUUGGAUGUAAAAGCUUUUAAAAAACAAAAAACAAAAAAACAAGAAACAAACACAUCUAGCAUUUCUUUUAUUUCUGUUUACAUGGACAAGUCUCCACCCAUGAGAUGACAGUCACUCCGUACCCCAUCAUUAAACGGCUAAUAUCUCCAAUAUUUCAUAUUUAUAAAUAACCCGUUUUAUUUAAAAAGGAGAACAAAAGCUUGACAGGUGCACGGUUCUGUGUGUGCUGGUCAGAUGUGGUCUCUGUACCUUCCUGACCUCAGUGAGCCGCCAGAGAGGGUGAGCCUCCCACAGCCCCAAGAGGCGGGCGUCCAGCCUGGCCGGCUGGGGGCCAAAGGACAUUCGACUUUUAUUUUUGUAUUUAAGUCACAUGAAUGUAAACGGGACAGCUCAGGGUCGUUUCGGAGCCUGCCGACUUCUUAAUCUCUGCCUGCAAUUUUCUUCCCUAAAUGGAACCUCCGUGUAGUUAAGCUGGAUGGAAUCCACAAGGGAAAAAAAUAAAAUAAAAUAAAAUAAAACAAAACACCAAAUGCUUUGGGUGUUAGUGUGAAAGAGGGGAGGUCUGUUACCUUCUGCGUUAGCGUUCCAGAACGUUCUUCUGUUUUCUAAACCUCGAAAACACUUGUGCCUCAGUGUAGACGUUUUGUCUUCUUUCUUCUGCACUUACUACCUGAUGGUUCGACCGGCGGGCGCACCUGGGCAGGGCGGGCCUGCUCCCCGAAGGCUGCGAUGUCGCCGUGACGCGUGAACAUUUUCAGGGGACGUGGAAGGUGUUCAUUUCAGAGACAAAAGCUUUGUUCCACGUGCUUUCUGUACAUACAGCUCCUGGGCUUGUGACCCUAAUUGUAAACGUUCAGGUAUUUUUGUAAAAAUAAGGGACUGAUGUUCUGUUUCUUGUAAUUAGAAAUAAACACGAACACAGUGUUGUCCAUCGUC